ACCAUUGCCUUUAAUUAAUUUUAAUUUCAAAAAAUAUUGGCUCAAGUUUUCCCUCCUCUCUCUCUCUCUUGCCGACCAAAACCGAAAAAUCCCACUCGUUGUACCUCACUUUGAUUCUUCCAAUGCAAGAGUUUCUGGGUUCAGUUCGCCGAUCGAUUGUAUUCCGUUCACCACCGCCACCGACGGCCGAUCACACUAAUCAGGAAAUUAAUAAUAACAACUUCAAUCCAUUAGUAGAGAAAAUCAAUUCCUGCAUUCGAAAAUCAAAAAUCUUCUCUAAACCCUCUUCUCCUUCCCCUCCGAUGGCUCCUCCGAUCCGAUACCGUAAAGGAGAAUUGAUUGGCUGCGGUGCAUUUGGUCAUGUCUACAUGGGGAUGAAUCUUGAUUCCGGUGAACUCUUGGCUGUCAAACAGGUGUUGAUUGCAGCUAAUGGUGCUACGAAGGAGAGAGCCCAGGCACAAGUCAAAGAGCUUGAAGAAGAAGUGAAGCUUUUGAAGAAUCUUUCACAUCUUAACAUUGUUAGAUAUCUGGGUACAGUUAGGGAGGAAGACACGUUGAACAUUCUGCUUGAAUUUGUUCCCGGAGGAUCAAUUUCAUCGCUUUUGGGGAAAUUCGGAUCCUUCCCUGAGGCAGUUAUAAGGACAUAUACACAGCAAUUGCUUCUGGGUUUGGAGUAUUUACACAGUAAUGGCAUUAUGCACAGGGAUAUUAAGGGUGCUAAUAUACUUGUUGAUAAUAAAGGAUGCAUUAAACUUGCUGAUUUUGGUGCUUCAAAACAAGUAGUUGAGCUGGCCACUAUUUCAGGGGCCAAAUCAAUGAAGGGUACUCCAUACUGGAUGGCUCCAGAAGUCAUUCUGCAGACUGGGCAUUGCUUUUCUGCUGAUAUAUGGAGCGUUGGAUGUACAGUAAUUGAGAUGGCCACUGGAAAGCCUCCUUGGAGCCAACAAUACCAAGAGGUUGCUGCCCUCUUCCAUAUAGGGUCAACCAAGUCCCAUCCAGAAAUUCCAGAACACCUAUCUGCUGAAGCAAAAGAUUUUCUCCUUCAAUGCUUGCAAAAGGAACCAAAUAUGAGGCCAGAUGCAUCUAAAUUGCUUCAGCACCCGUUUCUUACAGGCCAGCAUGUAGUACCAGAUCCUGUCUGCACAUCCAGCAUGGAAACUUCUCCAAUUUCUCCACCACCACAUACUACGGAGCUUAAAACCCUCCAUAUGCCAUCUAUCUCUGGUUCAAUGGACAUCUGUAACUUGGGCAGUCUGAACUGCUCAGUUGAUCCUAAGAAACUGUUGGAAAGCAAGGAUUUAUGGAGAAGAAAUAACAGUGAUGAUGAUACCUGUCAAAUGGAUGGAGACGAUUUUACUCCAUCAACAAGUGAAGCAAAGUUCAAUUCUGUCUUGAUUGCUGAUGAUUGUAACAAGAGUUGUAAUUCCAAAUAUGAGUUGUCUGAAGAUUGGCAAUGCAAAUCUGAUGUGAGUCCACAAUCGGAACAAGCGGGAGCAAAACUAGGCAUCGAUCAAUCAUUGCAAAGGGACAGUAAUGUGUCAUUUCCUUGUGAAGCGUCAUUUUCGGAGGAUGAUGAUGAGCUCACUGAGUCUAAGAUUAGAGCCUUUUUAGAUGAGAAGGCUUUAGAACUGAAGAAGCUCCAAUCGCCUCUGUACGAAGAGUUCUACAACAGCUUGAAUUCAACUUCCUCUCCAAGCUUUGCAAAGAGUUUGAAAGAGGAAACAUCUCCAAAUUACUUGAAAUUACCUCCUAAAAGUAGGUCACCCAGUCGCGUCCCUGUUGGAACCCAGUUGGCAGCAUCUGAUGCGGUUAGUUCUGGAAGUCCCGGAAGCAAUAACAAGCGUUUAUCAAACGUUGGCAAUGCAAGUGAUAAAUCUUCAGAGGAAACUUCAUCACCUCAAUGUAAUGAUCAGAAAGGGCUUCCAGUUGAUGAUCAGCCAGAAUCAAGUGGCUCAAGUGUGAGCUUUUCCGAGAUACAGAAGAAGUGGAAAGAAGAACUUGAUCAAGAGCUUGAGAGGAAGAGAGAAAUGAUGCGCCAAGCAACUGUCGGAGGUAAGACAUCAUCCCCAAAAGACCGAGCUUUGAACCGGCAGAGAGAAAAGACAAGAUUUGCAUCUCCAAGCAAAUGACUGGUCCUUUUCAGAGUGUGGAGAUCAAACAUCAGAUGAAUAAAAGUUUUGUUCAGUGUGCAUAGUGUGAACAGUGUGUUAGCUCCCCUGCGAAUGCCGGGGCUUUGUUCAGCCCAAGUGGUGCAGCCCAAGUGGUGCCUCUUGUUGUUGCUGCACCUUAUUAGAGCUAUUGUUCAAGUAAAGGCAACUUUGGAGAUAAAGCUUGAUUUUUCCUUUUUCAUUUCUGAGGGGUUGGUGGGUACAUGUAUCUUAUGUAACCAGUGUUUCGAUGUACAAUAAUCAUGACCAGAUUAUAAGGUUAAAUGAAAAAGACUUGAUUAUUGUCAUAAA